GGCUUGUUUUGGCGGACAUUAAGACAGCACACCGGGAGAGGCCUUCUAGUUCAAAGUAUCAAGCUGCCACUGAAACAUAUCUCCAAUGAUGUGCUAAACAGGGUGUCAAUACCGGACGACGUUGACGCCAAUCUGCGCAGAAAACUUGACGUAUCAUACAGCAAACGAGCUUCUAGCGACGUGAGAGCCGAAAUCAAAACUCUUGUGCUGAACAAUAUGCUGGUAGUCUGGCACCACGUCAUAAAUUCCUGUCCCAAUGUACGCUAUGUGCUACCGACGGGACAGUGGUUGCUAUUCGAAAGCAGCUUCAAUCCGUCCACACGGGAGCUUUCCGCCGGUCUUCGAAUACAAAACCCGAGUCUUCGCGUCUUCAACAGCCCUGUCAUCCGAGAUUGGAUGUCGGAUCCGCGGAUCCCACGCCAAGCAUUUCGAUUCCAGACAGAGAUUUACAAUCCCUUCCACUUGGAAAAUAUCUUGGAGCUUUCUACGCUGCGGCAAUUGCGGCUACAAUCAGUAUUUCAAUUCACCGUACAUAGAGCGGGAAACUUCCAGUGGUACAACUGGACAUUUACCUCGCAAGCCUUUUUCCCUAUCCAAGAUCUCGAUCUUGACGAGUGCUGGUUUGAAGAUUCGAACAUUAACAUGUGGCUCAAAUCCUGCCCGAGUCUCAAAACCUUCCGCUACAAAUUACUCGGUCCAGAGUUAGACUACAAUCUCAAUACGUCGCCUGAUUCACCCACGGGACUCUUCUCGACUGUCGGACUGUUCAAAAUUUCGACGGCCCUUGAAGGUGUGCCCACUCUUAAGACAGCCAUCGAAUCCAUUGAGAUCUUCGAAGCUAGAGCUAGAUGCGGUGGCAACCGUCAAUUCGACUUCGCCUUACCCUUUCUGCACGACUUCGAGCGCUUGGCGUAUUUGGGUCUGUCGACGUACGUACUGCAUGGGUACUGGCUCCGCGUCACUGAAGAAAUCUAUCAACAUGUACCACCACGAGAUUGUCUGGAUAUCUUCCCCAGACGAUUGGAAAAGCUUGGCCUAUUCGGUGUGCAGGCAGAGUACAAGAGAGGCAUCCUAGGCUGCCUGAUGGAACUAUCAAGAAGACGUUCGACCGAGUUCGUGGCAUUUCAGAAGGUCACGUUUCAUUAUCGAAAUGGAAAGAUAGACCGGAAAUCGAAGGCAAAGCUACAAGGGCUACUUCGCGCGGCUGGCUUACGGAUCGAGUUCAAGCAGUCCACGGUAAUUAGUUGAGCAUUUUACACGAACUCCAAAUUCUUCAAAGAAUGGGUCGUAUCGAAAGUCGGAGUUCCCAGAAGCAGGCCCGAGGCUGUUCCAUUCUGACGCGCUCCUUACAAUUCUGCAACAUAAGGUUGGGAACCCUUUCUUGCCACUACUUGGGGUACUCCCAUGGGAUUUUCACAAUCCAGAUUCAAUGUAAAAGUCUAUCCAGUGGAAAUUAGGCAACCUUUUGACUACCUGAAGAACUGCUAGCGAGGUCACUGCUCACAGUGGCGUCGAGCGAGCAAGCGUGGAACCCGCGCAAUGAUAUACCCGUGUACCCAAAUUUGUUGAUCUAUUACUAUACAGCAUAUCACCACGCUUGCACUGGCUUUGUGGAUGUAUCUAACAAUGCUUAAGCGCCGCGAACUUGAGUGUAUAUUGAAAGC